GCGCUCGGGGCCUUUUCAAAUCGGGAUCCGUUACCGCUUUCCCAGCCGCCGCCAUUGUGGCGCUCGGAGCCCCUCAACGCAGGCGGCGCAGGCGGAGGCCGUGGCGGCGGGAUGGCCGACGCCGACAAGCCCGAGGUGCUUAGGGCAGCUGGCAACGACAGCCCGCAUCGGCAGCCCGCGGAGCCGCCGGGCGAGCCCCGGCGAGAACCUCACCCGCCCGAGCAGGAGAAGCAACCGCCGCAGCACAGCAGCAGCUCCAAUGGCGUUAAAAUGGAGAAUGAUGAAUCGGUCAAAGAAGAGAAAUCUGAAUUAAAAGAAAAAUCUACAGGAAAUAAGAAAGCCAACAGAUUUCAUCCUUAUUCAAAAGAUAAGAACUCAGGCACUGGAGAAAAGAAGGGUCCAAAUCGUAACAGAGUUUUUAUUAGCAACAUCCCAUAUGACAUGAAAUGGCAAGCCAUUAAAGAUCUAAUGAGAGAAAAAGUUGGUGAGGUUACAUACGUGGAGCUCUUUAAGGAUGCGGAAGGAAAAUCAAGGGGUUGUGGUGUGGUUGAAUUCAAAGAUGAAGAAUUUGUCAAGAAAGCACUAGAAACUAUGAACAAAUAUGAUCUUAGCGGAAGACCCUUGAAUAUCAAAGAGGAUCCUGAUGGAGAAAAUGCUCGUAGGGCACUGCAACGAACAGGAGGAUCAUUUCCAGGAGGACAUGUACCCGACAUGGGAUCGGGAUUGAUGAAUUUACCACCUUCCAUUCUCAAUAAUCCAAACAUUCCUCCUGAGGUUAUCAGUAAUUUGCAGGCUGGUAGACUUGGUUCCACAAUUUUUGUUGCUAAUCUUGACUUCAAAGUUGGUUGGAAGAAGCUAAAGGAAGUGUUCAGCAUAGCUGGAACUGUAAAGCGGGCAGAUAUUAAAGAAGACAAAGAUGGCAAGAGCAGAGGAAUGGGCACAGUCACUUUUGAACAAGCAAUUGAAGCAGUUCAAGCAAUUUCUAUGUUCAAUGGGCAGUUUUUGUUUGAUAGACCUAUGCAUGUGAAAAUGGAUGACAAGUCUGUCCCUCAUGAAGACUUCCGUUCACAUGAUAGUAAAACACCACAAUUACCACGUGGUCUUGGAGGCAUUGGAAUGGGACUUGGUCCAGGUGGACAGCCUAUUAGUGCCAGCCAGUUGAACAUAGGUGGUGUAAUGGGGAAUUUAGGUCCAAGUGGUAUGGGAAUGGAUGGUCCAGGUUUUGGAGGAAUGAAUAGAAUUGGAGGAGGAAUUGGGUUUGGUGGUCUGGAAGCAAUGAGUAGCAUGGGAGGAUUUGGAGGAGUUGGUCGAAUGGGAGAGCUAUACCGUGGUGCGAUGACUAGUAGCAUGGAGAGAGAUUUUGGACGUGGUGAUAUUGGAAUAAAUCGAGGCUUUGGAGAUUCCUUUGGUAGACUUGGUGGUGGAAUGGGUGGCAUGAACAGUGUGACUGGAGGAAUGGGGAUGGGACUGGAUCGGAUGAGUUCCAGCUUUGAUAGAAUGGGACCAGGUAUAGGAGCUAUACUGGAAAGGAGCAUCGAUAUGGAUCGAGGAUUUUUAUCAGGUCCUAUGGGAAGCGGAAUGAGAGACAGAAUAGGCUCCAAAGGCAACCAGAUAUUUGUCAGAAAUCUGCCUUUUGACUUGACUUGGCAGAAACUAAAAGAGAAAUUCAGUCAGUGUGGUCAUGUAAUGUUUGCAGAAAUAAAAAUGGAGAAUGGAAAGUCAAAAGGCUGUGGAACGGUCAGAUUUGACUCCCCAGAAUCAGCUGAAAAAGCCUGCAGAAUAAUGAAUGGCAUAAAAAUCAGUGGCAGAGAAAUUGAUGUUCGCUUGGAUCGUAAUGCAUAAUUUGAAACCACGGUUGGAACAUUCUUACAUCUGUUUUGCUGAAUCUCCUAGUAAAAGUCAUUUUUUUAAGUAAUACUGUAUGCUUACAAAAGUUGUAAAGAUGAACUUUUAAAACUCCCACCAGCUUUUAACAGUAUAGUGUUAAUAUACUGUGAUUUUUGUUAAUCUCAAGUUUGGAUUUUUAAAGACAGCAAGUCUGGUCAUUCAGUUUAAAUGAAUGGUUAUACUAUUUUUAAUGAAAUAAGCCAUUUUCUUGUUAUUUUCAGUUCUGCAUAGUGGGAUUUGUUUGUUCAAGUGUCCCCAGCUUUUAUCAACUUAUUGUAAGGUAAAACAUAGAUGGUUUUUUCAAAACUUCUGUUUAAUAUAUGUAAUUGUCCUUGAAAAGAAAGGGCUCAGACAAAUUAGGAUAUGAUUUUGGUUGGUUUUAAAUUUUUCUUGGUGAUAAAGAAUUACUGUAAGUAAGUUUUAGAUUCUAAAGUUCAGAAUAUUUUUUAUUUGACUUAAAUGGAGAAAUGGAGUUUUCCUUCUCAGCCCUUCCCCGUCAUUCACAUUUUCCACAUAACAUUAACCACCACAGCCCCUUAUUUUAUUAUUUCCAAUAAUUCCAAGUUCAUACAGAACUGAUAAUGUUGCAAGCCCCAAGUAUAAUAAUAGGCAGACUAGUCCCAACUUUCUGUCUAGUUUCCAGCCAUUAAGGUGAACUGCUAAGAGAAGAAAAAUAAUUGAAAUGUUGAGAAAGAUGGUUAUGUAAGUUAGUCCUCUACUGUUCACUUCUACAGGAGCAGAUGCAUUUAUAAAUGCAGUUUUAAUAAACCAUGGAACUCCUAGGCACAACAUAUCGAACACAUUGGAUCCCACGAUGUUAGACAUAGCCAUAUCUCCUUUGCCUGUAAAAAAAAAAAAGCAUGUUGUUAAAAUAUGCACACCAAUACUGUAUUUUAUUAAUAAGCUUCAUAAGAAAAAACACUGGAUACUUUCUCUGUUUGUUUUGGAAAAUUGUUGUAUUAGAGGAAAAGUCUUAAUGAAUUUGUAUUUUUAAAUUUUGGGGGGUUAGUAUUUAAAGUCUUAACCUUUAUUUAUCUAAUAAUAAUUAUCUUUAUUUAUUAAACCAUUUUUCAAUAAGGUAUGUAGAUUACUUGUUGCUUUUCAUUCUAACAUGGUUAUGGUUUAAUGCACAUUUCAGAUGAAUAUUACUUGGGCGAUUAGAUUUAGUGAAAUUAAUCUGCUAUUAAAUAGUAAAUCCUU